AUGGCAUCCAAACGGUACUUCCAAAUGCUGACUGAAAUACUCAAGGGCGUACUUCUGCUUCUCUGUGUGUACGGUGCAUCAGAUUACUCACAGACAAAGGAGAACAUCGAUCUUUCAAACAGGAUCAUCGGAGGAAAUCACGUGUACCUUACGUACAUUAGUCUGUACAUGACGAUCAUUACGUUAUUUCUCAGCUACCUAGUCAAGCAUUUUGGAUUCUCAAGUAUCAAGAGCAUAUAUAGAGAUGCACUUGCAAUCACAUUGCCUAUUGAAGCACUUGUGACAUCAGUGUUCUGGACACUCAAUGCCAUAGAUCCUACACUACUCAAGGAUAAAGAUCUAUACUCAGCUGGCAUCAGAACACCACUCAUAAGUGAACUUUCCAUUCAUCUUGUUCCAAUGGUCUUACUUCUUGCUGAUCAGUUUGGCACAGAAAUCAAACACAAGAACCAUCAUUAUCAUGCGCUAAUUAUUAUUCCGCUUGUAUAUCUGUUUAUUAUCCACUACGUUUACUGGGCAAACAGCUACUGGAUUUAUCCGUUCUUAGGAAGCAUUCCUGCAGUCAUGCGUAUUGGAUUGACUUUGAUUUUCAUUGUUGUUAUUCUCAUAUAUUACAAUCUCUUCCAGGUGAUCUCAAGACUCGUUGCCAAAAGUAAUCCUGAGCACUCCAAAAACACUCACACUAAGCACUCUAAAUACUCAAAAAAUAAAUAA